AUGGCUGCUGCUGAGAAGAAAGCCGCCAUUUUGUCCUUGCAAAGAACGCUUAAUGCAGUUCAACAACGUGCGUCGAAACUUUUGAUGUUCAUAACCUCGUUCAAAGAUGAAGACGAUCAGUUGAUGCUUGAAACACGUGGGCAAGACGUGGAAGAAUUGCGUGUGACCUUUUUCGAGACAGAGAGUAAACUAUUCGGCCUAAUAAAGGACGACGAAUUGUCUUCCUUAAAGAUGGAAAGCGAAGAGUUCUACGACCUUCUUAGCGAAAUUCGAUAUCAGAUCGCCAAGAAAUCAAAACCCUCAACGAUUCCCCUUGAACCUAAACCAAAUUUCGACACAAGUUUUGCCCAAAAAUCGAACAUCGAAUCUCACAUAAAACUACCAGAGAUAGCGCUUCCAAAAUUCAACGGCCAUUACGAACAGUGGCUUUAUUUUCGCAGUCAGUUUAAUCUUCUUGUUCGUCGAAAUGAUAAUCUGAACGAUCAACAACGAUUGCAUUACUUGCGAUCCUGUCUCUCUGGUGAAGCUGCUGCUAUUGAAACACCAGAAGAAUCUUUCGAAUCGUUAUGGACGGCAUUAGUAACACGUUAUGAAAACCGUCGCUGGUUAGUUGAUCGCCAUCUUGCCGAUAUCUUUCAGUUAAAAGUGAUUCAAAACGAGUCAUCUGUCGAUCUUCGCGAAUUGGUGAACAUCGUUCAGAAGAAUCUCCGAGCAUUGUCUUCGUUGAAAUUGCCUCUCGAUCCGCUUUCCGAAUCAAUGAUAGUUCAUGUUGUUGCUUCUCGACUAGAUAAAGAGACCCAUAAGGAUUUCGAAUCACAUGUGAUCGGUACCAAUCUAGUUAAGUGGCAAGAACUGGUAGACUUUUUACAAAACCGUUGUCGGAUUCUGGAAAAUUUAGAACAGGACCAAACACGGUCUCGUGGCAAUACGAAAACUCCCGGUCAUAAAUGGACCUCAAGAGUAUUAGUGAAUUCUAAUCGAGAAGCCGAGAAUAAGAAAAAAUUCUCGUGUUUUCAUUGUUCCGGUGGUCAUUACAUCAACGAGUGUCCCAGCUUUUUAUCUAAGACGCCAUCUUCGCGUUUCCAACGAGUGAAAGAGCUCAAGCUAUGCGUUAAUUGUUUUAGUAAUCGUCACGUGGUUGUGGAUUGUAAAAGUAGCUCGUGUAAGGAGUGUGGUCAGCGCCAUAAUACACUACUACAUUUCGACUCUAGAGGAUCUAGUACUAAUACAGAGGUGAAGAAUAGUACUUGUGCAAUUAAUAGUCCAAUAAAUGAAUCUAAUCGUAUUCAACUUUGCUCUAUAUUGCAACCUGUCGUGUCUAAUGAACUGACGACUCCAGUCUCGAUGGAUACGCACGGACCAGUGGCGUCUCAUUUUCCGAGACAGCCAUGUAACCAGAAGGUGCAGUUGUUUUCAACUUCCGAGCAAACCCUGUUACAUACUGCUAUCGUUUGCAUUCGUAAUUCCAGUGGAGAACGUCAGGAGUGUCGGGCGGUUCUUGAUUCCUGUGCAAUGUCGAGCUUUAUCACAACUGCCUGCGCUAACCGAUUGCGCUUAAAGGCUUCCCCAUCGCAAGUGUCGCUUUCUCCAUUUGUAGACAACCAUGGAGUCCUCAGGGUAGGGGGACGUUUGUCAAAAUCAUCGUGCUCAUACGAUAACAAAUACCAGAUGAUUCUACCAAGGAGCCAUCCCUUCACAACCGCAAUCAUUCGCUGGGUGCAUGAGUCCAAUAUGCACGCCGGUAUUCAAAUCACGUUAGCAUCAACGCGGAAGGAAUUUUGGAUUAUUAGAGGCAGAAGUGCGGUGAAGAAGGCAGUCAAGGAUUGCGUGGUUUUCACUAGUACCGAGAACAAGGACAAUAUUCAACGAACCUACGGUAACGAGAUCGAAUGGCGCUUCAACCCCCAGAGGCACCACAUUUCGGUGGUAUUUGGGAGUCUAACAUUCGCCAAACAAAGAAUUUACUGA